GAGAAUGGUGUUAAACAAGGAAACUAGUUGAAAAUGAAGUUUCCCCGUGGAACUGUGCUCAAACUACCAAAACGCGCGUUCAAGAAGAACUCCGUGGAUCCGGAGAAAUUCAGUUUUUUUAUUGUCAUUGGUUUCUUCGCUAUUUUCGGUAUUAUCAUUCUCGUGGAGUUUUUAUUUAAAGAACAGGAUGAAUAUGAUUACACUGUGGAUUAAGUAACAAGAUUCUGAUUUCCCAAAACAUAUUGUUGUUGUUUUGAGAGAGAAAAUUAAUAAUGGACGGAAAAUAUGACUUUCCAAUGGAGAUAUGUUUAAAUGACACUCAAGCAAAGGAUGAAUUAAAAGCGUUUCAUAAGUUAGUGAGCUCCAGUAUGGGUCCAAGAGGACACUUAAAAAUGGUUUUAUCUCUAGCAGAUACGAUGAUUGUCACUUCAAGCUCGGAUCGUCUCUUCGAUUUCAUGAGGCUUGAUAGUCCUCUUGUUGAAAUCCUUGUUUCAACUUCUAAAUCUCUAAGUGACUUUAGACUUUACUUCUGUUCCUUGGCUGUUCAACUCCUAGAUGUUCAGGAUAAGUUUGGAAAUAAAACUGUAGAUUUGUCAGUUCUUCCAGAUAUUCUUGAGAAGGCCAGAAUUAAAAUAGAUAUAGGAGAUGUAUUCAGUCUUAUGAGUUUAAUAACAACUAAUCUAACUUCAAAUAUAAUAUUAUAUAUAAAUACAAUAAAUAUAAUAUAGAUAUAGGAG